AUGAUAACGACAUUCACGAAUCUCGCACCUCUACAUGCACCUUUCCCCAUGCCGCCAUGCCACAUCCCCCUUCCCGCAACCACCUUCCCCCAUCCACCUUCCCCCAUUCCACCAUGCCUCAUCCCCUUUCCCGCAACCACCUUCCCCCAUUCCGCCAUGCCUCAUCCCCCAUCCCGCAACCACCUUCCCCCAUCCACCUUCCCCCAUUCCGCCAUGCAUUGCAUUCCCCCAUUCCACCUUCCCCCAUCCACCUUCCCCCAUUCCGCCUUGCCUCAUCCCCCUUCCCGCAACCACCUUCCCCCAUCCACCUUCCCCUAUUCCGCCUUGCUCCGCAAGGGACCCAUUCCACCUUCCCCCAUCCACCUUCCCCCAUCCACCUUCCCCCAUCCACCUUCCCCCAUCCACCUUCCCCCAUCCACCUUCCCCCAUUCCGCCUUGCCUCAUCCCCCUUCCCGCAACUACCUUCCCCCAUCCACCUUCCCCCAUUCCGCCUUGCUCCGCAAUCACCCAUACCGCAUGGCCCAAUCCAUCUUCCCCCAUCCGCCUUGCGCCAUCCACCUGCCCCCAUCCACCAUCCCCCUUCCGCACUGCCCCAUCCACCCUCCCCAUCCGCCUUCCCCAUUCACCUUCCCCCAUCCACCCUCCCACAGCCACCUUCCUCCAUCCCGCCUUGCCACAUCCGCAUUCCCCCAUUCCGCCUUACGCCAUCCACCUUCCCCUAUACACCAUCCGCAUUGCCCCUUCCGCCUUACCCCAUCCACCGUCCCCCAUCCACCUUCUCCCAUCUACCUUCCCCCAUCUAUCUUCUCCCAUAUGCCUUCCCCCAUCCACCUUCUCCCAUCCACCGUCCCCCAUCCACCUUCCCCCAUCCACCUUUCCCCAUCCACCUUCCCCCAUCCACCCUCCCCCAUCCACCUUCCCCCAUCCACCCUCCCCCACCCACCUUCCCCCAUUUACCUUUCCCCAUCCGCCAUAUCCCAUCUGCCUUGCCCCCUUCCGCCUUACCCCACCCACCUUCCUCCAUCCACCUUUCCCCAUCCACCUUACCCCAUCCGCUUGCCCCCUUCUGCCUUUCCCCAUCCACUUUCCCCUAUCCACCUUCCCCCAUCCGCCUUACCCCAGGCGCCUUGCCCCAUCCACCUUCUCUCAUCCGCCGUACCCCAUCCGCCUUGCCCCCUUCCGCCUUCCCUCAUCCACCCUCACCCGGAAAACCUUGCCCCAUUCCGCAUUGCACCAUUCCUCCUUGCCCAGUCCACCUUCCCCCAUCCACUUUCCCCCAUCCAUCUUCCCCCGUUCCACCUUACCCCAUUCACCUUCUCCCAUUCCGCCUUCCCCCUUCCACCUUACCCCAUCUACCUUACCCCAUCCACCUUACCCCAUCCACCGUCCCCCAUCCACCUUGCCCCAUCCACCUGCCCCUAUCCACCUUCCCCCAUCUGCCUUCCCCCACCCACCUUGCCCCAUCCACCUGCCCCUAUUCACCUACCCCCAUCUGCCUUGCCCCCAUUCGCCUUGCCCCAUCCACCUUCCCCCAUCCACCUUGCCCCAUCCACCUUUCAUCAUCCACCUUCCCCUAUCCACCUUUCCCCAUCCACCUUCCCCCUUCCGCCUUGCCCCAUCCACCUGCCCCUAUCCACCUUCCCCCAUCCGCCUUCCCCCAUCCGUCUUACCCCAUUCAGCUUCCCUGCCCUAGGCGUCCUUGAUGGGCACACCAGCGAGCGAGCUUAG